CAUUCAGCCAGGUUGCAUGCUAAAAUGUCCGUCAUAGAGGAAGAGGAGGGGAAAGAGGAGGAGGAGGAGAAGAGUGGUGAGGCUACACAGGAGUCGCCAACGAUGGAGCAGACCAGCCAAGCUGAGACGGAGAGGAAGCCUGUGGGACACCAUGCACGUUUUCAGAGCUCCUUCAGCUCUUUCAAGUUCAACUUCAGUCCCAUCAGCUUGGUGGACAUGAUUCUAACAGGAGAGGAGUGGUCACCAUUCCUGUCCAUCAAGGACAGUCCCGCCCCCUCACCGUCCAUUUACCAAGGUUAUGAUGAAGGCGACCAAUUAAAGACUGGACCAGAGUCGCGCCUUCCCAACGACGUUCAACAUAACCACGAGGACAUAGGCCUUUCUUUAUACGAGGCUGUUAGCUUCAGCCAAUCAAGUCCGAAUGAGAUUGUGGACAACCAAUCGGUCAACAGACAACAGGAAGUAGACAACAACAAUGGCACAGGAGCUGAUGCCAUUGCUGUCAUCAAACCGAAGAUACUAUUGGACAAUGAUGCAGCGGAGGAGAGUGAGUUGGACCACUCCAGACCCAUAUCUAAGGACAUCCAUGACUCUGUUGAAUUAUGCAAGUCCCCCAUAAGGACCCAAUCAAAGGACCUUCUUGACUUCCUCUGUGUUGAGUCACUUGGAGUUCUGGACAGUUCUGCUCAGAAACAUAAAAUUCGUCUGAGCAAAAAGAGAAAGCACAGACUUCCGGGGCUAAAGAAGACAAAAACAGAGACCUUCAAUAUAAGAUGCACUGCAAGCAAAGCCCCUGAAAUCAAAUUCCUCAAACCCUCUCCUCCUUCCCCCACAUCACUCCCUCCUUCCUCCUCUUCCUGCUCCUCUCCCUCCUAUGUCUUUCCGUCCUCUGUUUUCUACAACAUCCCUCCGUCCGCUGAAGAACAAGACCCUGUGACAUCACCGACACAGGACAACCUCUCUGAUAAGACCACUGAAAGCAGCAGAAAGCCAGGAUCAAGUCCCAAGCCGCCUCUGUCCAAAUUCAUGACAGUCCUGAGAGACAAAACCAAGUGGAAGCUUAAACAGUGAAGAAAACUAGGUCUUGGUGAUCCAAUAGUAACCCAUAGCUCCUUCUCAUAGCCCCUACCUCUAAGCCCUAGCCACUACCUCUUUAGUGUUUACAGUUUUAGGUGUGUACGCGAUAACAACGCAGCUGCACACAGUAAUGAAAUAUGUAUGCCUAUCUUUGAUCAAAUGAUUAUCUUGCUAUAUUGAGUGUGUUACCAACACUUUUAGUCACUAAUACAUUUUCUCUAACAUCAGUGUUAUGAGAUUCUGUAAGAUCUGAAUAAAUGUUGUUGUUUUUUUGUAUUUUUCUUUGGUAUUUUUCUUUUACCCCUUUUUCUCCCCAAUUUCGUGGUAUCCAAUUGGUAGUUACAGUCUUGUCUCAUCGCAGCAACUCGCGUAUGGACUCGGGAGAGGCGAAGGUCGAGAGCCGUGCGUCCUCCGAAACACAACCCAACCCAAUCAAGCCGUACUGCUUCUUGACACAAUGCCCACUUGACCCGGUGUGUUUCCUCUGCGCCAAUGUAUCGGAGGAAACACCGUACACUUGGCUACCGUGUCAGCGUGCACUGUGCCCGGGCCGCCACAGGAGUCGCUAGUGCGUGAUGGGACAAGGACAUCCCUGCCGGCCAAACCCUCCCCUAACCCGGACGACGCUGGGUCAAUCCAUGGGUCUACCGGUCGCGGCGACAGAGCCUGGACUUGAACCCAGAACCUCUAGUGGCACAAGACCACUGAGCCACUCGGGAGGCCCCUGAAUUUAUUAAUUUAAGCACAAGUAUAUGGUGUUGUAUGGUAAAAUGAUAGAGGGUCAUAAGAACUGAGAGAUCUGACUAUGAGCUAUUAUGAGGGAGUUUUCAGUAGCCAGCCUCUGU